GUCAGCUGUUGGCGCCUUUUUGACAGCUGUGUGUGUGUGUUUUUUUCGCAUACGAAAAAAACAAAACGAGGAAAAAAACACAGAAAAUAAAACAAACUUUGCUUUUAAUUUCACAAAAAACAAAAAAAAUAAUGCAAAACUAAUAAAUUUAAAAAGCAAAUAUUACAAAAAAAUCAAAUAAACAAAAGCAAAAUGAGUGGAGACAGAGAUGAAGUUGAAGUGAAAAUGUAUGAAAAUUUGGAGAAGCACUUUGGCUUUAAGGAGUUCAAGUCCGAGUUGCAAAAAAAAGCCAUCAAAUGUGCAGUGAAAAAAAAGCGAGAUGUUUAUGUGAGUAUGCCGACUGGUUCCGGCAAAUCACUGUGCUUUCAGUUGCCAGGACUCAUUGCAGAGGGUCAAUUGACUAUUGUUUUUUCUCCUUUGUUGGCUUUGAUUAAAGAUCAAAUAGAUCACUUGGCCAAAUGGAAAAUCCAAGCAGAUUCCUUAAAUUCCAAAAUGUCUCAGAAGGAACGGGAUCGCGUAGUAAAUGAUUUAAAGUCGAUUAAACCCAGCAUACGUUUCUUGUAUAUUACACCUGAACAAGCAGCCACCAAGGGUUUCCAAGAGCUGCUGGCACAAUUAGUGAAAUAUGAUAAAGUAGCGUAUGUGGCAGUGGACGAGGCUCAUUGUGUUUCUCAAUGGGGUCAUGAUUUUCGUCCCGACUACUUGAAAUUGGGAGAAUUGCGUAAAAAAUAUCCCAAAAUUCUAUGGAUGGCUUUGACAGCCACUGCCUCCAAGCAUGUUCAAGAAGACAUAUUCAAACAGUUAAAUUUAAAUCAACCUGUGGCGAAAUUUUCUACACCCAGUUUUCGCAAGAAUCUCUUUUAUGAUGUAGUUUUUAAGAAUUCGAUUGAAGAUGAUUUCCAACAUUUGGCCUCAUUUGCCUUGCACUGUCUGGGAGAUGAAGAGGAAUUUCGUGUUACACCCGCCCCAAAACGAGGUUGUGGCAUAAUUUACUGUCGUACCCGUGAAAAUGUGGAGCGAGUUGCUUAUGGCGUUUCACGCCAAGGUGUGGCGGCCAUUGCUUAUCAUGCCGGUCUGAAGGGCUCAGAACGUGUAGAUGCUCAAGAGAAAUGGAUGAACGGAGAUUAUCCCAUCAUUGUGGCCACAAACAGUUUUGGCAUGGGCGUUGACAAGCCCUCGGUAAGAUUUGUGAUUCAUUGGGAUGUUCCUCAAAAUGUGGCGGCUUAUUAUCAAGAAUCUGGUCGCGCUGGUCGUGAUGGUCUUAAGUCGUAUUGUCGUCUGUAUUAUGGGCGCGAGGAUGUCAAGUCUAUACGUUUCCUGCUGCAGAACGAUAUAAAUCGUUCACGCUCUUCUUCGUGUUCGGGCAAACAAGAAAUGGCCAAGAGAGCCGUGAAAAAUUUCGAUGAAAUCGUCUCGUUUUGUGAGAUGAUGCAGUGUCGUCAUAAACUAUUCUCCAAUUAUUUUGGCGAUCCGACUCCGGAGUGUGUUGACAAAUGUGAUGUUUGUAAGAAUCCCAAGAAGAUGGAAAAAGCCCUGCAGACAUUUCAACGUUUAUGCAUGGAUGCGGCUUUUAAGACGGGCAUUUCAUUAGAGGAUAGUGCAGAUUUAUAUGAAGGUGGACGUGCAGGUAUCAAACGAGCUGCCGCAGAAUAUACCAACAAUGAUGACAACUCUGAUGACGAAUCUGGCGAAGUUUCACACGAUCAAUUGGCCAAGAAGGCUAAGCGAGAAACUGCAGACUUUAUACGCAAACAAUUCCAACUGCGAAAAUGUUUAGAUGCGGCCAAAGAGUUGGAACAAGAAUCUGAAACUCAUAUGACACGAAUACAUCAAGCUCAAGCGACCACAACGAAAGUAGCGGGUCUAAAAAUAUCAAUGCGUGAGAAUUACUUAACAGCAUUAGCAGAUGCUCUUAAGACAAAUGUCCAGAAUAGUGAGGAAGACCGACCUAGAAGUGCCUUAGUACAGAGAGAUUAUGAAGCUGUGGCGGCAGACAUUGAAUACGAAUGUUUUUCAAAACAAAAAGUGGCCAAUAUGUACAGACAUGCGGUGGCAAAAGAGCUUUCGAUCAUAAAACAAUUGACCAGCAAGCAACGUUUAAUGCCUGUGUUAAUGGACUAUGUACCCAAACCAGAAGUUAAAAAGAGUGUCUGGAAUGGUGGCAGUGUUGAGUAUUUUCAGCGUAAACUUAAGGAAUUGGAAGAUGAUAAUCCACAAUGUUUAGCAAACAGCAGCAAGAGUAAAAACGAUAUACCAAAAGCAUUAAGAAAACCCAAAAGCUAUAAACAAGACAUGGAUAAACAAACCACCAUAGGUAGUUUCUUUAAUGUCUCCAAAGGCAGCGAAGAAGAUUCUUCUAAUACUAGCACGGAGGACAAAGAGCCCGAAGAGAAUGUUAAUAUGGAUAUUAAGCUAGAAAAAAUUGAUUCCCCCGAAAAUGAAGAGGAAUUAGGCAUCAAAUCAGAAGAUGAAGAAGAGCAUAAAAUGGUAGUAGACACGGAGCGAGGUGCUAGUGAAGACAACUUGGAAUUACUGAUUUCUAAAGAGCAGGAAUUAAAAUUACAAAUUGAGAAAUUGGAACAGGAAGAAAAGGCAGAUAUUAAGGAUGAGGAGGAAAAGAGUAUGUCCAAGGAAAACAAAAUAAAUAAUGAAAAUAAUGAAAAAUCAUUCAAGAAAUCCUCUUCCUCAUCGUCCUCAAGUCUCUUCAAGACUAAAAGAACAUCACACUAUCACAAAGACUCUAAAGACAAAUAUCGCAGUCACCUAAUCUAUACACCACCCGAUACUGAAAUGGAAAAUGAUAAAAACGACUCUGACAAUACUGAAGAAGAUGACGAAGAGAAUGAAAAAGAUUCCGAUGAUAUUUUAUCGUUGUUGGAUAAAAUCGAAAACGAAAAGAAAAAAUACGAGGAAAGAAAAGAAAAAUUAAAAGAUCAAAAAUCUACAAAUGGCAACAGCUCCAAUAAAGAUAAAACAAACUCUUCCUACAAAGACAAAACUUCAAACGAUAAAAUAUUUGUAAAGCCCUCCUCUUCCUCCUCCACUUCAACAUCAGCUAAAACGAAAACGUCCUCUACUAAUCAUAGUUCAUCUUCACAUCGUGCUCAUACUUCUUCCUCAUCAUCUUCUGCAUCUAAUUCCAGGGAUAUUAAAACAAAAUCCCAAAAAGAUCAUGAUACUAAAUCAGGCUCCUCCUCCUCUAGCUCUUCAUCGGCCUACAAGCAAAAAUUACAAUUAGAACGUGAAGCCGCUCAAAAACAACUCAAUGAAAUUAGUAAAACCGUAGUCGACUAUCUGAAUCCCUACUACAAACGCAAAAUUGCUACCAAAGAAUUGUUUAAAGUUUUGGCCAAACGUUUAACCAAUCGUGUUAUGGAUGGUAAAUUGGCUUUAUCCAAUUGCAAAACGUAUAUAAAAACAAAUUUCCAAGCUAUGGAAAUGAUUUCGGAUGACGCAGACAUCGAUAAAUUUUUAACUACAUCAUAAAAAAUUAUUAUUGCUUCCCAAACUAUAUUUAUUUCUUUUUAAUUAAUUAUUUCUUAACAAAAAAAUCUGUUAUGUUUUCCUAUUACUUUUUAGUGGUUACUAUCAUAGAUAAAUACACAUAGAUGGGAAACUUUCCACUCAAAGACCUAACACAGUUGUAAAAAAAUCUAUGUGAAAACAAAAAAAGUUAUUUUCUAGUUUCCGCUCUAUAUGUAUUACUCUGUGGUUACUAUGAUGUUAAAAAGUUUAUUAUUUUAUUUAAUUUUAAACUUUUAUUUCGGUUUUAUACUAAGAAAAAUGCACUUGUUUAUUUAAUCUUAAAUAUUCUUACAUAUAUAUAUAUAAAAAAUAAAAUGAAUACAUAACAUAAUAAUCUAUAAAUAAAAUUAUACCGAACUACAUAACUACACAUUAAGAACUUUAAAAUGCAUAUAUUUAAAUAUCUACCAUACAUCCAACUAUAUUUAUCUGUCUAUAAACCUUUAAAACAAAACAUAUAUAAAUAUGAAUUGAUCUACAACACUUUAAUUUUAAGGAAUGAACAUUAUUAAAUAAAAAAUGUUAUUUUUAAUCUAAA